UUGUCUCGCUUUUCGACAAUGUUUGUUUAAAUUUUAAUUGAUCGUGUUAAUUAAUUUUAACUAUUUAAUUGCCAGUAGGUAUUAUAGAUUUAAAGCCAAGUGUGUGAGCAUUACUUUUAAUAAUACACUAAUGGAAUACUAGAGAAAUGGAUCCUGAUAUUUCUAAUGCAUCGAAAGAAAAAGUUAUGGGUGACAACAAUUCACCAUACAACUGCGGACCUGAACAGAUAGAAAUACCUUUCCAUAUAUUUCAAGACUUAAGCUCAAAAAGUCUGAAAGUCCAAAGUUUGUGCAGGAUUUGCUUAAAGUCUUUAGGGAACGAUGAUAUGAUUCCAUUGCGUUCUACUUAUUAUGAAACUGAAACUCUUGUAGAUAUUAUUAAGUUAUUUACUUCAAUACAGAUAAAUUUAAAUGAUGUUUUGCCUUUAAAUAUAUGUAUCACAUGCCAGGCAGAUGUUAUUCACUGCUACAAGUUUAAAAUCAAAUUUGAAAAAUCUGAGUAUAUUUUACAAACUUUAAUGAAAGAGCAGUUUAUGUUAACACAAGAUGCUGACAAUAUCAACAGUGACACUUGUGUGAAUAACUCAACAAUUUGUAAAGAUGAAGUCAAGGAAGAAACUAUCGAAGAUAUGGAUGAACAAUACUUGGAGGAUAAUGUCAAUUUUUCUAGUGAUGAUGAAGCACUUUGCAUAGUUCAAAAUACUGGUAACAAAGUAAAAGAUGAGUUAGAAAUCACUAUCACAGAUUCAAAAUCCCUACUCAAGAAAGUAAUGUCACAUAAAGAGUCUCCGGAUAAGCAAAAGUCUUGCAGCUUCUGUCAUAAGAAAUUCAGCAAAAUCAAGAAUCUUAGGGACCACAUAAGGAGGAAGCAUAGCUCUGAUGAGCAUUCACACCCAUGCACCAAAUGUAAAGAAAUAUUUAGCUCAGAGCAUGACUUGAAGGUGCAUUCAGCAGUACACAGCACUGGUCCACCAUGGAGUUGUAAUACAUGUGAAAAAGUAUUUAAAGCCAAGCCGAAGCUGCGGCGGCACCUGCAGCGGCACAUGCAGGCCAAGCGCUUCGCGUGCGCGUGCGGCAAGGCCUUCAGCGAGCUGUACGCGCUGCGGAGACACGCGCGCGUGCACACCGGCCAGGCGCCCGACAAGAAGCACGCCUGCCCCGUCUGCGACAAGAGAUACAGCGAAAGCAGUGCGUUAGCGCAGCACGUGGCCGGUCACCGCGGCGAGCGGCCGUGCGUGUGCGCCGUGUGCGGCAAGGCUUUCGCCUCCGCACGGCUGCUACGCUCACAUCGCCGCGUGCACUCGGAUGCCAAGCCGCACGCCUGCCGCUACUGCCCCAAGCGGUUCCGGCACGAGUCGACGCGCAACACGCAUCACCGCACGCACACGGGAGAAAAACCGUACAUAUGCGCCGCCUGCGGGAAGGCCUUCAUACAGAACUCCAACCUCACGCUGCAUAUGAGGACGCACACCGGUGAAAAACCUUAUUCAUGCAGCAAAUGUGAGCAGAAGUUCACGUCAAGGUCUUCUCUAAAGGCCCAUCUACGAAGGCACACGGGCGAAAAACCUUACAGCUGUGACGUCUGUGGCAAAAAGUUCGCGCGCAUGGACCUGAGCGCGCACAAGCGGCUGCACGCGGGCGCGCGGCCGCACGCCUGCAGCGCCUGCCCCAAGGCCUUCGUCAACGCCGCGCGCCUACGAUCGCACUGCCGCAUGCACACUGGUGAAAAACCAUUCGAGUGUGCGACCUGCGGUAAAACAUUUGCGGCCAAAUCUCACUUAGCGCAGCACGUAAAGAAACAUCAGUCGACGAAGAAACAAGACAAAAAGGACAUCGUCAUAGUCCAGCAAGUCGCUUACAACGGCCAAAUGUUCGUCAGCAACAUUAUCACUGACGGCAAACAGAAUGAACAGACAGAAGAGGCUUCAGUCAUAGCUGAAACUAAAUGUGAAGAGCCAAAUAACGAUAUUACAUUAGAAUUAGCUCAAGACAUGCCAUUAGAAGUCACAGGUGAAUUGGUUGUUCAAGAUGAUUGUGAUGUUAAGGAGAUUUUAGUUGUGGACAAUAGUCAUAAUGAAACUAGUUACCAAAGCGGAAAUGUAUGUUUGAAUACUGGAGAGAUCGGGGAAAUAAAUUAUUCCAACAGUGACGUCAACUUGGUGACAGUCAAUGAGGGCACCACAGUAAAGUUAUAUCAACUGGAUCAGAGUCUAGUCCAAAUACAUAGUUCUGGUGGUCAGGUCACCAUCAGCAAAAUUACUAGUAAAAUGACUGCUAACUUUUAACUAUCUACUUAUAUUGACUGUAUUACACUAUUUAUUAACCAACUGUGUUGAUUUAUUUAAUAACUAUUUAAAAUUAAUUUAAUUCCAUAGCA